AAUCUCUGCUAAGGUGAAAGCACUCAGGGCCACGUCUUCGAACGUCUUUGAAUUAAGUAAGAUGGAGCGCACAACCGGAGCAACCUUACCAGAGUUAGUUGUUGAAGUGAUCCUUCUGUUGUUGUCCUGUUGUGGGACAGUCUUGGCAAACUUCGUGGUAAUUGUUGUCGUGGCCACCAAAGAGAAGCUUCACGCUCCAACCUACUUCUACUAUUUGAGUCUAGCUGUCUCCGAUUUUAUUCUGGGUGUAUUUUGCAUACCGCUGGUAAUGGCAGCGUUCAUUUUGCACCGUUGGCCGAUUGGAAACACCUUGUGUCAAUUAUACGCCGUCCUCAUCAGCAUGUCGGUGAACUGUUCCGUUGUGACGCUGGCCAUAAUCAGUGUGGACCGUUACUUCGCCCUUUCAAAACCUGUGGAGAGCAAAGCCCAUCUAACCUUAACCAAACGACGUUACAAACUGAUCAUUGUCGCCAGCUGGGUGCAUUCGGUAUUCUGGGCCAGCGGUCCGUUAUUUAAAUGGGGAAGCACUAAGUUGGACGAGUUCACACAUACAUGCAAACCCGACUGGGGAGGGGAAGGACUGGCAAAUAAAACCUACGCAUUGUGUUUGGCGUUUUUCGCCUUCGCAGUACCAGUCAGCGCUAUGAUAUAUGCCUAUUACAAGAUUUAUCGCAUAGCGAGGGCUUCGAGGAGUGUUGCAGCUCGUUAUAAUCCCCAAAAGGAAAAUUUACCGAAAGGAGAGCACGUCCCACUGAAAGAAAGCACUUCUGCGAUACACUCAAAUGCUGCUGCAGCUGCGGAAGACAACAAAGCCCUGAAAACAGUCUUGUUGCUGAUUGGUUCAUUCGCUGCCUGCUGGUCGAUUUACACUCUGGCAACCGUCUGGAAGAUUUUGGCGCCAAAUUCAGUUCCCCCGUGGAUUGUCCGCAUUGGACUGGUACUUACUCUCUGUAGCUGCUGUAUUGACCCGUUCAUAUAUUCAAUCCGAGAUGAAAAGAUGAGAAGGGAAAUCAAGGAAAUAAUCUGCAAGAUUCUUUGUAGAAACCAUUAAGAUCCUUAUCCUAAACUCUACUUA